CUGUCCUUUCACACUCCAUUGGUACUUCCGCUGUAAGUCUGCGAGGACGUCGUCAACACUUCUGCGGAGCAGUCGACAGGGACCAGCGAACACGAAUGUUCCUUGGUGAAACUCCACGGCAUGAUGAAGACACAGGGUGUAUUGGUGGGGGUGUCUCUGCUGACUAGCGUAGCUCUGCUGGGGCUGAUAAACGUGCGGCAGAAAGAAGAGAUGAAGGAGCAGAAACAUGUAUCGUUCGAGACGAUUAAACUGCGUGUGACCAGAGACGUACUGGGAGAGUACCAACACGAGGCGAUCAGAGUCCACAACCUGCUGGACAAGACCAAGGCUCAGGUGGAUACUCUGGGGUCAGAACUCCCCCCACUGCAGGCUGCAGAGGCCAAGAAGAAGAGUGAACUGGAGGCAUGCCAGGGAGAAAAGAAACAUGUUGCUGAUGAGGUGGGGGCCGUUGAGGCAGAGAACAGUAACUCUAAACCUGAGUUUGAGAAGCAAAAGGCUGCCUGGGAAGCAGAGAUGACGUCUUUCAAACAGCAGGUGGUGCAGCGCAGCAAAGUGUGUGUCUUUGUGAAGAAGGACUCUGUAGAGGGAAGGAAACUGUGUGGGGAUGAACCGCCUAAACAAGAGGCUGCUCCAAAACCAGAUGCCCCCAAACCAGAAGAAUCCAAACCAGAUGCUCCCAAACCUGAUUCUCCUAAAGAAGCCCCCAAACCAGAUGAACCCAAACCUGAUUCUCCUAAAGAAGCCCCUAAACAAGAGGCUGCCCCCAAACCAGAAGAACCCAAACCUGAUUCUCCUAAAGAAGCCCCUAAACAAGAGGCUGCACCCAAACCAGAAGAACCCAAACCUGAUUCUCCUAAAGAAGCCCCUAAACAAGAGGCUGCACCCAAACCAGAAGAACCCAAACCUGAUUCUCCUAAAGAAGCCCCUAAACAAGAGACUGCCCCCAAACCAGAAGAACCCAAACCUGAGGCCCCAAAGAUGAGAUGAGCUGAGCUGGGGAUGGAUGAAGAGAACGUGGAAUCAAAGAAAAGACAUAAGAGACCUUCUGCAGGACAUUUCUGUUCCUUUUUAAACUCGUUAGAACUUGUCCUUCAUGCUACUUUAGAGUCUAUUAACUACCAUCUAACAUGAGUGGAUAUUGAAUACUGUUUGUUAACCUUGUCCAUUCCUCUCUCUCAGUAUGACCCUCCCUCAGGGGGUGUUUGUGUGUGUGAUUUGAACAAAUGUGUAUGUGUCACCAGUAUCGACCAAUCGGAAAGUCCAGAGCCUCUCUCUGUCACUCCUCAUCAUCCUCACUCUGUUACCCCGGUGACGGUAUUUUGCAGUGGUGGCAACCAUAGCAUUGACCAAUCAAAAGUCGUGGAUUAAACUAAUGGUAUUUCUGUUAAGUCUGAUUCUGAUGUAAUAAAGCUUAACCCUAAAGGAAA